UCAUUAAUAUGUAAUCAGUCACUACUUCCGUUUGCCGUAAUUCUGGGUGAAGCCGAUCGACCUAUCCGAGACAUGUCCAUCAAUGGUAAACGCACCUUGUACAUCUGCGCUAGAGCCAGUGGCUGUUUGGUCCUUGCCGCUUAUAAUCAUGUAGACUUUGACAUUGUUGUUCGCAUCGAAGUAACAUCCCCUCCGAUUCCUCAUCCAAUCUAUAAUCCGGGCUCUUCUUCAAUUGAUUUUCGACAACAGAAGUCCGCCUAA